AUAAGUUACAGAUUAAUCAAUCUGUCAAAGAACUGUUGUCUUUGUAGAUGGCUGUUGAAUUUCGUUAUUAAAAAUCUUUAAAUUUUUAAUUUUUUCGUAGUUUUUUAAAUUUGCUGUGAAAUCAAAAUGGUUUGACUUGCCAUUAUCGAAUUUAAUUAGAGUAUUACUUGUGUAUUGACUGUCUUUUAAGUUGUAAACAAAUCCAAAAUGUCCGUUCCUACGACUGGACCGAGUAAAUUGAAAAAGAAGCAUAUUCGUGUGAAACAUCAAAAAGUGAAAUUGUUUCGUGCGAAUGAACCGUUACUGUCCGUUUUUAUGUGGGGCGUUAAUCACACGAUUAAUGAACUGAGUCAUGUUUCAAUACCAGUUAUGCUACUGCCUGAUGAUUUUAGGGCUUAUUCCAAGCUCAAAGUCGACAACCACCUGUUCAACAAAGAGAACAUGCCAUCUCAUUUCAAGGUCAAGGAGUACUGCCCGCUCGUAUUCAGGAAUCUGAGGGACAGAUUCGCCAUCGACGAUUUGGACUACAAAGAAUCCCUGACAAGGUUUAGUCAUCCAGAUAACUACCUCCGCUCGAAGGCUCGGAAGAGAGCGAUAUCUUCGCUGCGGCGGUCCGCGACCGCGCCGACCGGCGUCGCUGACCUCCACCAGGACAGCAUAUUCCACGACGCAAGCGCCUUCGUCAAACGCGGUCUGACGAUCAAACGACUGAGGUCGCAGCCGAUUCCCGACGAUUCGUCCGGUAAGUCUGGUGCGAAGUUCUACCAGAGCUACGAUCGCCUGUUCAUCCUGAAGACCCUGACUUCUGAAGAGGUGGAGAGGAUGCAUUCGUUUCUGAAGCACUAUCAUCCAUACAUCGUGGAGAGGCACGGCAAGACCCUGCUCCCGCAGUACUUGGGCAUGUACCGACUGACCGUCGACGGAAUAGAGCAUUACCUGGUCGCUACCAGGAACGUGUUCUCCAACCAUCUCAAUAUACACAGAAAGUACGAUUUGAAGGGGUCGACGGUGGAUCGCGAGGCCUCCGAGAAGGAACUGGAGAAGGAGCUGCCCACGCUCAAGGACAACGACUUCCUGAAGCAGGGCGUGCGCAUCGACAUCGGCGAGGCCGCCAAGGAGAAGCUUCUCGAGACCCUCACCGCUGACGUCGAGUUCCUGACGAAGCUGCACCUAAUGGACUACUCGCUGCUGCUGGGCGUGCACGAGUGCGGGCGCGGGGAGGCGGAGGCGGAGGCGGCGCGCGCCCGCCCGCCCGACGCCGACACCGACCGCGACACCGACUCCGACUCCGACACCGACAACCGGCACGCCGACGGAUGGGGCUACAACACUCCACCGGACAGUCCUCGUGGUUUCGGCCGCCAGACCUCGCUGCGGUACGAGGGCAUCAUCCCCGAGCUGGACAUCUACGCCAUCCCCAGCCAGGAAGGUGCCCCUAAAAAGGAGAUAUAUUUUGUAGCUCUCAUCGACGUUCUCACACACUACGGCGUCAAAAAGCAGGCCGCCAAAGCUGCGAAGACGGUGAAGUACGGGAGCAACGUGGAUGGUAUCUCCACGUGUGACCCCGAGCAGUACGGGAAGAGGUUCAUCGAGUUCGUAGCCAAAGCCAUCGAGGGCAACUAGCGGCGCCCCCCGGCGGGAACUCAACGAACUAUCGCAAUCCGCGCGCUGUGACGUGCCGGAUCCGUUCUUUCCUUUAUUUAGUUUAUAAGGUUACAAUUUUAAAUCGCAUAGAGUUAAUUUGCGUUUCCCUUUGCUUUUGUUUUUUUUUCGUUAAAUUCGUUUUCGUCUAUGGUUGUAAUGCCUUUGUUAUAUUUUCCUGCGUUCGGACGUAAUGGCGGCGUAACGCAGAUCCCUAAUCAAAGGCGAUGCUUCCUUCAACUCGAUUAGUGGUUUGCACGUAGGAGAUAGGUCUCGGAUUGUCUAUGGUCGAUUGUUCGUUAAUAUAAUCGAAUUUUGAUUAUUCAAUUCGUUGUAAUUACUGUUUUUUUUUUGUAAUUUCUAUAAGUAUACCGAAUUCUCGUGUACAUAACGAUAGAAUAUUGCUUUUUCGUUUUAUUUUCUGUUCGAAAGGAAAUUCAAUUGUUUGAGGUAUAAUUUAAAUUGUUUUUCUUUUCGAUUAGUUAUAGUUUCAUAUUGGAGUUUACAGGGUGUCGUGUGUACGAAGGAACGUAGAGCCACUUUUAGAAAUUCAACGAAUUAGCGAAGAUAUUGAAGGAAGCAUUGCGUUUUUUUUGUUUUUUUUUUAAAAAAAGAGAUGUCUGUGUGAGAAGAAAUCAUUCGAUCGUUUCAGUUUUUGGAUUUAAAUGUAGAAAUUUAGUCCUAAUUCUUAACAUGUUGCUACAAAUGAUCAUAUAAAUUCGAUAGUUAUCGAUAUAUUAAACUGAGUCAUAAUGUCGAUAGUAACGCAGGACAUCUCUAUAAAUGUUAUAUUGUCAAAGACAAGUAUUCUAUGAUAAAUAAUGGUAAGUUAAUUUCGAUUCGUAAUUGAAUAAAAUAAAAAUGUUAAAUGGAAAUUGUUCAAUGCUGCGGUGUCGGUCAGCUCUGUUUCUGGUUCUCUAAAGUCUUCACUCGGCUUUGAGGCGAUAAAUUGAAUGUCGCAAAAUACUUUGACGCGACAUUUUUAAAAGGUUCGUUUAUUCCAACGUAGAUUUUCGAAAAUUAUUUAUCUUCAAAGAAAAUUCGUCCAAAUCUUAAGUUUCUUUCGAAGAGAAAGCGUGAUCCUAACUAUUGAAUGAAGGAUACUCGUUUUUUUGAGGAAAAAUUUGGAGGAAUUUUCAUGUCUAUAUAAAAUAAUAAUACAUUGUCGAGAAAGAUAAAAAAAAGCUACCUAUUAAACUCGUAGUUUUCUAUUGUGUAAACAAAUUUGAAAUUCAGAAUGUUUACGUAAAAAAGUUAAAUUUAACUGUAACUUUCAAUUGUAUGCGAAUCGCGACGGUUUUUAAUAAAUAGUCAGCUUGGUAUGACGUUCCGCUGUCGCCUAGCUUGAACAUAAGUUGACGUUGAUGUAUCGAUAAAAAAAUAGUGUUCGUUUCAACUUAUCGAUAUUAAUGCAGAUCGAUACUUGAACUAUGUACGAGCCUUAUUAAAUUUAUAUAUUGUUGUAUCUUUAACUCUUCUUAUUUCGUGGAUCAAUUAAAUUUACGACAAACGAGAUAUUUUAUUGUAAGUCUUGUUGUUGAAAUGGUCGAAAAAAAAAUGUAACAAAUUUCCCUGUUACCUCUUCUUAUAAUGUAAAGUUGUAUAAAAAUAUGUUUAAAAAAAAAAAAGAUUUCGUGUCAAUGAUAAUAUUUAUAAUAUUGCAACUUUUGCCAAUAAUCCUUAGCAUGCUUAGUUUCUGUCUAGAGGGUAGUGUUAAAUUAGUAAUUGUAUUAAAUAAGUUUUUGUUAUUUAUUAUGAUGUUGAAUAAGACAAUCGAUGGUCUUGUGAUUGAAAACUCUAAAAUGUAUUUAUUCACUUUGAUGUUUUUCGAAAUUCCGUACGUAAAUUUUCUAAAUAAUAAAUAGUUAUACUGCUUUUUGUCGCAAAUAUUUGGGUAGCUCUUUAAUUAGCUCUUAAACUGAAUGUUUCUCUCGAUUGACAAAAAUAUGUCGAUUACCGUAAUAUUAGAUUUAAAAGUUGUUCUCAUAUAAUCAGUAUUUUAAUUACGGAACAAUUUGGAAUCCGAGGAUUUGUGAUAUGAUAAUUAUAUUAUUAAACUUGAAUCAUGAAGUCGUCUUGCUAACGAAAAAUGUUGUCCUGCUUUGUAUACCUAAAAAAAUAAAUUUUAAUACUUCACUUUAAUAAAGCCUUAACUGGCUUAUAGAAGACUGAAGUAUGAGAUCUACCUCAAAAAUUAAAUACCACGGUAUAAACUAAUAUUCUUGUGGAUUUAUUUGAAAAAAGGAAAAAUAAUUAAAUAUUUUCUUUGCAAAUAAAAUAUUUUUAAAACAUUAGUUUAAUACUCUAUAUAUAUAGUGCAGAGACGUGGACACUCAAAGCCGCAGAUAGGCAGAGAAUCGACGCUUUUGAGAUGUGGUGCUGGCGACGUAUGCUACGAAUACCAUGGACGGCUCGCCGCACCAACAUAUCUAUUCUCAGGCAGUUAAAAAUAGAAAAGAUUCAACGUCUAUCCACAAUCUGCCUACAAAGAAUAUUGCGGUAUUUUGGUCAUUUUGCACGUAGGGACACCAGCAAUUUGGAACGCCUUGUGGUGACCGGUAAAAUAGAGGGAAAAAGGCCUAGGGGUAGAGGUCCCAAACGAUGGUCGGACCAAAUAGCGGAGGAACUGGGGAUACCUAUCAACGACGCACUCCACCGGGCUGCAGGGCGGGAUCGAUGGAGACAGUUGGUUGACGAAAUCGGACGGAGUCACGAUCCUCAGCAGUGAGGAACCGAUCGAAGAGAGAGAGAGUUUAAUACUCUCCUUAGAUUGAUUUAAACACAAAUAAUGUAUCACUGAUAUAUUAGUUUAAAUAGAUUUUUGGGAUUUAAAAAAAAUGAAAUUGUCACGUGUUAGUUAGCAAGACGACGCGGCGAUGUUAAUAAAUAAUAUAUAACAUUUUCGAAUGAUUUCUUAUGAUCCUGAACAAUGUGUUUAGUCAUGUCAUUGUAAUGGUCCGAUGUCAUAUGUGUUGCCAUUGUUUAGGUUGGUAUUUAGGGAUGGGCGAAAUCUGCAAAUCGUAUUAAUAUUUUGCUCCCUCAUAUGAUCGAGUUGGGUCAAUAGAAUUAUUGAGACUGAACUUUUUUUGGCCAUGAAAAGUAUUAAAAACGUCGGACUGAGAUCACGUAUCAUACGUAUACAGGGUGUCUCUAGAAAGAAUGGAUAACCCUGAAACACCUCACAGUUGAGCAAACGGGCACUCAAAUUUAAAAAUAAAGAAAUAAUACCAAAUUUCAUGAUAUAAAUUUUAAGUUCAGAUUUACUUUUAUAAAAAAAUACACUAGCUACCUAUACGAUUUCCUGCAUAUUCCUUAGUAUAGUCCAUGUACAAUAUUAUAACACCAAAAAGCCUAUGGAUUUCAUUUAUUUGUAGCUGUUGUAUAUUCCAGAAACGCACAACAGUAUGGAAAAUUUCAACUUUUUUUUAAAAUACGUAAUUUGGGUACUACUUGAGAACUUGAUUUUAAAUUUUUUGUUUUGUGUUCCCAAUAGCUCUACUAUGAGGUGUUUCAGGAUUAUCCAUUAUUUCUGGGAAACCCUGUAUAAUUUGAGUUAAUCAUGAACGCUCCUUGUCAGCAGCCAGCAAUGUAUUAGGUACAAAAAUAUUGGCCGUUUUCCUAAUUUUUUUUAUUUUCGAUUUAAAUUCAACAAUUUUUUAAACUUCGACUUUAUGAAUGAGGAUUUAUUAUAAUACGAUUUGUAGAUUAACCUAAUAUUAGUUAUAUUUUGUUAAACGGUGAAGGUUGUAUACAAGAAUCGUCGUUGUCGGUUAAAAAUCCAAAUUAACUCCCAUCCGGGUGUAACUAAUUCUUAGCUUUACCGAAGUAGCGAAUAAGUGAGUGAUAAGACAUCGUUUUGCUUAUAUUUCGUGAGGCCGCAAUCUAAAGCGAAGUGAGUAGGUUACGGUCCUUCGUUACAUGGAAUAAUCAGUCGAUCUUUUAUUGAAUUACAGUGCAGUACAUAAAGCGUGUUAAAUGUAAUUUAUCGAAUGUCAUUCUUGUAUGUUUAAUUGUGCUUUGAUUGCAAGCACUAUCUAGUAUUCCUGUAUCGUCAAUGUUUUUGAAAGCUGUUCACUACUGACAAUACGUUCAUUAAUAUUCAGAAAGGUAUUUUCGAUUGACAACGACGAUGUAAAAAAAAUGAUAAAACAGAAAAUAGCUUCGCUACGAAAUUAUUAUUUUGAAAUUCAAAGCGGUUAAUAUGUUAUCUCUAGUCUAAUAGUACUGCUCUUUUAAAGACGAAUAAUAUGUGAAUGAAAAUAUGAAACUUAAUUUUUUUUAAAUAUUCGGUUAUAAAGUUUCUGCAUUGA